ACAAUAGUAACAUUUCUACAAAUGUAUAUGUCUUCCUUGAAAUUUUUAGCUUACAAGAUAUUUGGAGCAGGAUUGACAGUUGGGCUUUCCAACUUGUCUUGUGGAGUGUGUGUUGGAAUCAUAGGCAGUGGAGCUGCCUUAGCUGACGCUCAAAAUGCAGCGUUGUUUGUGAAGAUUCUUAUUGUUGAGAUUUUUGGAAGUGCCAUUGGGCUGUUUGGAGUUAUUGUUGGAAUUAUUCAGGUGCAAUACACUAUAAAUUACUAUAAAUUAAAUUUUGUGUUAUUAGGAAGACGAAUACAUCAUUAGAUAAAUUUUGGCAUAAGAUUAAAAGGGUUUUGAGGGGAGAUUUACAAGAUAGAAGGAAUGUACUGGGUGUCCCAAAAGAAAGUACUCCGGUUUGAUUCUUAAUAACUCUGAAGCGAGUGAAGCUAUUACACUCAAAUAUAUUUUAUUAGAUCGAGGAAAGGCUAACUUAGAUUUUGAUAUAUUACAGUUGUAUAUUUGUAAAAAAACUGACCGAUAUAUUAAUGUUCAAAUUUGGUAGCAUAUUUCUGGAUGUGCAAAAAAUUUGCGAAAAACGGCAUAUCAAAUAUUAACCAAGCGUUGCUCAACUUAAAGACGUAUUAUUAUCAGUAAAUUGAUGAAACUUGAUAAAAUGUUUAUUGUGAAACGAAGUAUUAUUAUUUACAAAAUACAAACAAGAUUUAUUCGUUCGGAGUCGCGUGACCAUGUACAUCCCUUCAUGCAAAAACUUCUUGUGCGUUGCGCUAAUUAUUGUUCGUUUUGUCGGGGCAGGAGUAUUACCCCAGUGACCCGGCUAUCGUCUUCUAACUUCUGCCGCGUUUUGGAAUCUUGCAUGCUCUAAGUAAAUCCAAACUCUCUGAUCCUUAGUUAAUCUUGGCAUAUUCAAACACAAUUAAACCAUAACAUAACAACAUAACAUAACAUGCAACUCCCCAGAGACAUGCAACAUUCUUGGAACAAAAUGUAUCAAAAAUAUAGCGCUGAUACAGUAAUAUGUAUUCGCAAAAAGGCAUGUAGAACAGUAUUAUUUAAACUACCAUAUUCAUCCUAUUCAGAUUUAGAAACAGUCAACUUUGUUUUGUUUGUUUGAGACUACUCAAAAUAUGAGUAUAAGCCGUUCAAGAAAAUUUAUUACCCCUUAACUUGUUUUCGGGUAUUUUUAAAAAUCAAUCAAAAACUUGCAUAAAUUCAAACGUUAGUAUCUCAGUAAAUAAUGAGCGAAAACUUACAUCUAAUAUAUCAAAAUCUAAGUUAGCCUUUCCUCUAUUUAAUGAAAGUUAUUUGAGUCUAAUUGCUUCACUCCCUUUGAGUUAUUAUAAGAAUCAAACCGAGUACUUUUUUGGGGACACCCGGUAUAUUUUACUACAAUCAAUUUGUUAACUAUAGUAUAUUGUAAUAAAUUACUACAGUAAAUUACUACAGUACUGGAGCCGGUUGUACGAAGGCUGGAUAGAGUUAUCCACCGGAUAGUGAUUUUUCGACUGUUGUCAAAAAUGCUUAUAAAGCUACAAAAUUACCGAUAUGGACCUCACAAUACACCCUUCGAUAAUUACGUCAUUUGGCCUGGGAGCCUCGCUCUCAUGAAUCGUGAGCCAAUCACCUUGCGUAAUUUACUAAUGAGAGCGAGGCUCCAAGACCAAAACGUAUGUGUGACGCAAUUAUCGAAAGAGUGUAUUGAUAACAAGGAACUUGUUUAUUAAAUUUAUAAAUACUAAAAUUUAAUCUGGUUUAUACUCAACCUCGUUCCCAGGCUCCUGGGAACGAGGUUGGUUUAUACUGUACCAAUUACAUGUAACGGGUUAUUUUAGGAAGCUAUUUUGGAUAGUGCUAUCCAGUCUUUGUAGAACUUUAUUUAGGCACGGAGGCCUGUCAUCGUAAAUAAAACGAUCUUCCCAGGCGCCGUGACAAGUAAUUUGACCGUGAUUCCAUUUUAGGCACGGAGGCCUGUCAUCGAAAAUAAGAUGAUCUUCCCAGGCGCCGUGACAAGUAUAUCUACUAUUGUGUUGCGUUAUCGUCAGAACAACGUUUCAUAAGAUUUUAAAAUUUUCUUUCUUUUUUGUAGACAAAUGAUGCCAGCUUUUCCUUUUAAGGAUUUCAGUUAUGACGUCUGUCCUAGUGUGCAGAUGACUGUACACUUGUCUGUCAGACUAAAAUUAUUGUGCCAGAUCAUUUCAUAGACUUAGUUAUCAUACAAGAAUAUUCCGUGGAUAACUUGUGCAUAGUAAAUACAGUAUAAAUCACCGCAUUAUUUAAUUUAAUUAUAUCUUGUAUACCGUGAAAAUUACUUGUUAUAAGAACAAUAAAAACAUUUGAUGGGAAAUUUACACUUAUAC